GGUUGGGCAUUAAAUAUGGGCUUGACCGAUGACGUCACAUCCGGAAACAUAUUUGGAAUGCGUUUGAUUAAAUCAUGCGAAAACCCGCUUGAGUGGAGCUUAUUCGCGUUGAGGAAAGAGCCAUUGCCCCAAAGCACCGCCCGUCUGUGGCAUUCAAGCCAUGUUUUGAAGCGGACAUUGUCUUCUCAAAGAAGGCGGGAAGUUGAGAAACCGAAUUUUGACGGGGUCAGGCAUAGCUUGUGUUGUACCGCUCAGCUGGAGAUAACAAAAAGCACUUUCCGAUUUUAUUAUACAGAUAGUCUCGGAAUCAACUUUGUGUAUGCUGAUUGUUUAUGUCGAUUUUUUUUGGAGUCGCUAAGCCAACCUAUAUUUUCUAACGUAACGUUUUCGUUAGUUCAUAACGCACAACACAAUGGCCAUAAACAAGCCAAAAGAGAAAGAUGCCAGCCUCCCCUUCGCAGCCCUUCAGCUGCUGGCCCCGCCGGUCCGCCUGGUGUCCGCCGCGCUCUGGAAGGUGCUGAAGCAGAGGGACGUCAUGCAGUAUGGCGUCGUGGAGGAGUUUGUGACGUCAGCCUGCCAGACCGUCCCGAAGCUGCUGACUGUCAGACACCAGGGCAAGCUGGCCCUGGGGCUGAGAGCCCGGUUAAUCUUGGAAUUGUGCCGCACACAGCCUGAUGUCCAAAUAAUUUCACAACAUCUGGAAAGGAUUCGUCCUCCUGAAGCCCCGUUAUCUUCUGCCGCUUUUAUGAAAAACGACGUGAAAAUUCUGAAAUCCGUGGAGAACUUCCAUUCCUUCGUACACACAAUCCUGAAAGACUCUGUGGAGAGGGAACGUUUCUUCAGAGAACAGUUUCCAGUAGAAUAUGGCCCAAACUUUGACAAAGAGCUGGAGAAACUGCUUUGGGAGUUUCUGAUUCGACUGGACCAGCUGCUUCCUGUUCCCAACCUCACUCAGACGGUGUCAUGGCUCAGUAAUGCCCCCCCUGUCUUGGAGGAAUGUGCUCAAGCAGCAACGCAGCCCCAACUCCUUAAAAUCUUGCUUGAGCAUCAAUCCUGCCUCGGUCAUCUGGAGUCAGCAGCCUCCCUGCCUCCAAACAUGGGAGACUCCAUCCUGACCUCUCUCUCUCUGCCCCCGUCCGGAAGAACUGCAUCAAAUCCAUCAACAGAAUCGAGCAAAUCUCCCUCCAACCCGUCAAGACAGCAGCCGGCGGACACGACUCCAUUCAUCACACCUGUUAUUGGGCUCAUUUCAAACGAGGAGGUACCAGCCAUGAUCUCAGCCAGAAAAAAGUCCAUGCAGGCCGACGAGGGGUCCGGGCCGAAAGAUGCAGCAAACAAACAACGGGGUCCAAAAGAAAGCCCUAAAUUCACCUUGCUUAAAGAAAAACUAAAACCCAACGAUGACCAAGGACAAGAAGAGGACGGGAGGAGCCCGCUGAAUAAAAACACCAAACGAAAACGCAAGCAAGCGGACAAAACGGAAAGUGACUCGGAUGACGAUGAGGUUUUUAAUGUUUCCAGAUCUGCGAAAAAGAGGGAAAGCACGUACAUGCACAGGGAAAGAGACCAGGGAGCAGAUGAGGACAAGGAAAAGGGAGAAGAAAGAGACACUGGGUGUAGCAGAGAAGUCUUGAUCGCCCGCAUGAGCGAGCUCGGGAUCCGAGGACUUCACCAACCAGGAGAUCCAUCCAUCCAAUCUGCAUUUGCCUCCUGUUUAAGCAAGCAGCCCAUAGUUCACAUCAGAAAACUGCCUUCUUCUGGCCACAGUUUAUCUGGAGUGGAAGGAAGGCUUUUGGGGAGGACUAACUCAAUAAAGAAACAAACAAGGAGCCCCGAAACGCCUGAAUGUCCUGGCCAGGAAGAUAAAGAAAAUCAUCCUGACUUAUCGAGAUCUGCCUCUCAGGUGCGCAGGAACACAGAGAUGGCAGGUCUUUUCGGAGUCGACGAUUACGUAGCAGAUUCUGAGGAUGAAGGGAUUAAGAACUUUAAAGGCCGGCUGUUUACAAAGCGCUACUACAAGACCAAACAUGGGACCUUUGUUCCCACCCUCAGGGAGUUCUGGAAACCCGGAGCGACCCGGAGAAACUUGUCGUCUGGCAACAGACGCAGGUGAAAGAAAACUGCCUUCAGGAGUCUCAGCAGACACGUCUCAAUGGACUUCAAUUGAUUUGAAUACUCUUAGGCCUUCCACAUUAAAAAAUCCCAACUGCUACUAUUAGUAAGUCCCUGCAGCUAUCCUAUAUUACCUCCCAGUUUAGUUUAAAUUAGAUUUAAUCUGAAUAAGUGGUUUGUAAUCAUGAUAUGCCACAGAUUAUAAGCCUGAUGUUGCUGUUUAUUUGUGGUUUUAUUCAGAAAGUAUUUUGUAUGUAUGCUUUGAAGCACACUGCUUUUAUGUAUUUAUAAAUGCAAAAUCUAAUUUAAUCAACUAAUAAAGAACUUCAA